GGCUGGGCGGUGCUGGGCCCCUGCGCCUGCCCGCCGGAGGCCCCGCCCCGUGACGCGGGCCCCGCCCCCAGCGCCCGCUUCCAAGAUGGCGGCGGCGAUACCUGCCCGGCUGUCCCAGUGGCGGUGACCAGGUUGCAGAAAGGUGAAAAGGGCAGAGGACACCACCCCCACUCUUCUCCGGGCCACGCUCCAGGGUCUCUUGCUUGCAGCGCCCAGGUGGUCAAGCACCGUGCACCUGCGGAGGCGCUCCCUGGCGACUGGUUCUCCUUGAUCUCUUCUGUUCCCGCUGGUCCCAGAUUGGCUGUUGGAAUGCCUUUUUCUGUCUUCUGUGACAGUUCCAAUUUUAGAUAAUGCCUCCCAUCUCUGCUCCCCGGGGACCUCCUGGAGCCCCCAUGAUCCGGAAGAAGACAGCUUGAACACAGAAAUCCCUUCACUCUUUUCCUAGCCCUCAAGUCAGGAUGUUGCGGAGGCUGCUGGAGAGGCCCUGCACAUUGGCCCUGCUUGUGGGCUCCCAACUGGCAGUUAUGAUGUACCUUUCACUAGGGGGCUUCCGAAGCCUUAGUGCCCUGUUUGGUCGAGAUCAGGGCCCAACAUUUGAUUACUCUCAUCCUCGUGAUGUCUAUAGUAACCUCAGUCACCUGCCUGGGGCUCCGGUUGCUGCCGGGGCUUCUCCAGCUGAAGCUCUACCCUUUUGUCCAGAGCGAUCUCCUUUCCUAGUGGGUCCUGUGUCGGUAUCAUUUAGCCCAGUGCCAUCACUAGCAGAGAUUGUGGAGCGGAAUCCCCGGGUGGAACCAGGGGGCCGGUACCGUCCUGCAGGAUGUGAGGCCCGCUCCCGAACUGCCAUAAUUGUGCCCCAUCGUGCCCGCGAGCAUCACCUGCGCCUGCUGCUCUAUCACCUGCAUCCCUUCCUGCAGCGCCAGCAGCUUGCAUAUGGCAUCUAUGUCAUCCACCAGGCUGGAAAUGGAAUGUUUAACAGGGCAAAGCUCCUGAAUGUUGGGGUGCGGGAAGCCCUGCGAGAUGAAGAAUGGGACUGCUUGUUCUUACAUGAUGUGGACCUCCUUCCAGAAAAUGAUCAUAACCUGUAUGUGUGUGACCCCCGGGGACCCCGCCAUGUUGCUGUUGCUAUGAACAAGUUUGGAUACAGCCUCCCAUACCCCCAGUACUUUGGUGGGGUUUCAGCGCUCACUCCUGACCAAUACCUGAAGAUGAAUGGCUUCCCCAAUGAAUACUGGGGCUGGGGCGGUGAGGAUGAUGACAUCGCUACCAGGGUCCGCCUGGCUGGGAUGAAGAUCUCUCGACCACCCACCUCUGUGGGACACUAUAAGAUGGUGAAGCACAGAGGGGACAAAGGCAAUGAGGAAAAUCCCCACAGAUUUGACCUCCUGGUCCGUACCCAGAAUUCUUGGACACAAGAUGGAAUGAACUCACUGACAUACCAGUUGCUGGCUAAAGAGCUGGGUCCUCUGUAUACCAACAUCACUGCAGACAUUGGGACUGAUCCUCGGGGUCCUCGGGCUCCCUCUGGUCCCCGAUACCCACCAGGUUCCUCCCAGGCCUUCCGACAAGAGAUGUUACAACGCCGGCCCCCCGCUAGGCCUGGUCCUCUGCCUACUGCCAACCACACAGCUCCCCAUGGUUCACACUGAUUCUUCUUUGCCCACUUUAGUCAUGAAACUAAAUCAGAGGGGUCGUAUCCCCCACACCUGCUCCUCACUGCUUUCAGAGGGGUGUGAGGGAUCUCAAUUCUAGUGCUGUGCUGGGGGCAGGGACCUCUCCUCACUGCUAGACAGGAGCUGGGCUCCUCCAGACCUGGAGGUUCCUCUUUCUAGGGGGUCACCUCUCAGGGCUUAUGACUGUGAAUCCUUGAUGUCAUUUUAUGCGACAAAUCCUGGUAAUCCCCUGCCCCCAGGGUAGGAGCAGGGCUGGACCCUAAGCCCCUUCCUCGUCUGUGAACAUCACUCUUUUCCAAGAGUGACCUGGCUUCUCCUGGGACCUCUGUGAAUAUUUAUUCUAUUUAUGGUUCCCAAGAAGCUGUCUGGUGGAGGAAGCCUCUACCAGGGCAUUUCCUGCCAGUGCUGGAGUAGCUCCUUUGGUCUUGGUCCAGGGGGCUGGGAUUUUGAUAUCUUUUCUAAUAAAGGACUUUGUCUCAU